AUGAGACUGUCUCCACGUCUGCUGUCAACUGUCAUUUCUAAGCAUUGUGUGUGUGUUUUCUCCCUCAGGACCCCCUGGUUUAAUGGCUGGGGCUUUAACCUGCCCCGGGGACAGUCCCUGCUUGAUAAAUGGAACCUCAUACCUGAGGGCAUUGACAUCCUCAUGACCCACAACCCGCCCCUCGGUUUUCGGGACUGGGUUCCUAAGGAGCUCCAGAGGGUGGGCUGUGUGGAGCUGUUGAACACGGUGCAGAGGAGGGUCCGGCCCAAACUGCAUGCUUUUGGGGGCAUCCAUGAAGGUUAUGGCAUCAUGACGGAUGGCUACACAACCUUUGUCAACGCCUCAGUCUGCACGGUCAGCUUUCAGCCCACCAACCCCCCCAUCGUGUUUGACCUGCCCAACCCGAGCAGUUCAUGAGGGGCUCGCCGCAGACAAGGACACCCUCCAUUUUUUUGUUUUGUUUUGUUUUUAGUUUUUCUAACAGUAAUUCUUUUCAUGUGUUUAUUCUUUCCAAAAUAUUAGUCUUUUUGUACUGUUAUUGGAGGGUGGAUAAAGUUUUUGGUAGUU